AUGGACGGGGUGUGCCAGCUGUACGAGCAGGCCCUGAAGGGGGCCGAGCCGCGGCUGCGGCAAAUCACCUACGACGUCAACGACCUCUUCAGCUACCUCGACUCCCUCAACGAUCUCUGCGCCCUCGUGCACGACAGCGAGUUGAACGCGUACGCGCCGCACAACAAAGCGUGGAUAAAAGAUCAAGUGUUUAAACAUUUGAAGAGACAGGCGAGGGCUUGA